AUGGCACAGGUAGCGAACACACCUGGGGCAAACGCCGCAUACUCUGCCCAAGAAAAGCAGGAAAAAAACACUGAAAAUUUCUCCGUUGGUGGCGUAAAUUCUCCAGUGCAGCAAACCCUGACAAAGAGCGGUGAGCCGGCGGAAGUCCGCCAGCUGGCGAGCGGCUCCUCAGCAGCUGCAGCCACGGGAGCAGCAGCAGCAGCUGCAGCAGCAGAUAAAGCAGCAGAAGGAGCUGCUUCUGGAGCGGCAGAGGGAGCAGCUGCAGCAGCGGCAGAUGCAGCAGCAACAGGAGCAGCACAAGGAGCAGCUGCUGCUGCUGCUGCAGCGGCCGACGUAGCAGCAAGCGGGCCAGCAGGAACAACCACAGAUGCAUCAGAGGAGGUGAGAGCAGAUGCCGCCGCAGCAGCAGCAGAGGCUGCCGCCGAAAUAGCAGCGGAAAACGCCGCUGCUGGAGCAGCAAGAGGCGCUGUUGAGGGCGCAAUGGAAGGCGCUACCGCGGGCGCGCCGUUAGCAGCAGCAGCCGCAGCAGCAGCAGCAGAUGCAGCAGCAGAUGAAGCAGCAGCUAAACGCAGCAGUGUUGAUGUGCGCAUACCCUACGAACGGCCACGCAGUCGGAAGUUGAAUAGGACUUCAAGCUACCAGUGUCACGUGGACAUGGCGGGCUGGCUGCAGGCUUUCCCACACAUGACACUUUCAGACUUAGGCCCUGGAUUUGCUGCGGACAGCUUCUGCAACGGCCAGGGCCUGAGGCUUGCUACAUACGCUUGGCGGCAGACUAGGAAGGCCCCCAAAGCAGCUGUGGUGCUGUUUCACUCUUACACGUCUUAUGCACUGUUUGAUUUCCUAAGGCACCAGCCGCCAGAGGGAGACAAGUUAGAGGACGCUAAACAAGAAGAAGAGAAUUGGGUGCCCAAAUUUCAUGGCAGCUGGAUAGAGGCCUUCUACCAGCUGGGGAUGAAUGUUUAUGCAAUGGACCACCAGUCCCACGGCCGCUCUGAGGGCUGGCGGCAAUGGAGGUGCAACGUUUCAAAGUUCGAUUAUUUGGUAGACGACGGAAUCCAGUUUCUGUCGGAGACGGUUUGCGGGGAUCCCCAGCUGCCCGAAGAUGUGCCCAUUGUUUUGGUGGGUUACUCUAUGGGAGGCAAUGUUGUAAUUCAGUGCUUGGGGCGCAUAUACACCUGCGAAAAACUGCUGGCCAUAAAGAGUAGAGUCACUCAAGCUGUACUUUUGGCCCCGCUCAUCAAGAUCAAGCUCGACUGGAAAACUAAGCUGAUGCUCAUGAUCAAUCGAUCUCUUAUCUCUUGCUGGCUCCCAAAUUUGAGAUUCUCAAGGGCAGAAAACAGCGGAGACUGCCCAUUUCUGGGCUGGUGGUAUGACAAGGAUCCAUUCACGUACUCAGGCCGGACAAAGUCACGGAUGGUAGCGGCUCUGUUCGAUGCGUCUCGGAAGCUGCCCCGCAUUUUGCGUGGCUUUCCACCACAGCUAAAACUGCUGUGUCUUCAGGGCACCCACGACCAGACUGUCGACUUCCACGCGCCCCUUAAACUGUACGAAAGCCCGGUCAAACUCGACCUGCUGUACCUGUGCGGCUGGAGCCACUACAUUCCCAAACAGUCAGGCGCAGACAGACUUAUAGACCUCGUCACCACUUGGAUGGUCAAGACGCUCGGGGGCAAAGUUCAUCCCCUGUCGCCGCAUGCUAAGCUCUUCUCUCUUACUAAAAGCGCAACGGCAGAACUGGCAGCUUCCUAA